AUGAAGCUCACUUACGCUAUCACCACUCUUGCCCUGGCAACUGGUAUCGUAGCCGAUUGCCCACCUCAGCAGCGCAUUGACCACCUCAAGUUCAUUGUCGAUGCAUUCAAUGCCAAGGGAGCAGCAUCCCUUGAGGGGAUCAACAAUCUGCCACUGGCACCGGAGUGCGAUGCGUUUCUCUUCAUCAAUGGCCUUCCUGGCAUCCAGCCAGGAACAUUCAGCGGAGAUACCGUGAAAGUGUUCGCACAGACCGUGCGUCAAGUCUUUGGCUACGUGGAAGGCAGAUACUCCACUGCCGACAACAGCACCGGUACUCUUGAUGCCAUCGUGACCCUCGGCGCAGCGCAGAACGUCCUGCUCCCCAUCAAGACCCGCAUCGUGGUUCCGGCCGAGUUCAACCCAGACACGUGUCUGAUCACUGAGCUGCCUACAUACAUCACCAUCCCGAUCGAUAUUGCAGGCAACCCGAUCAACCCACCGAUUAUUCCAGCAAUCCCUGGCCUGGACAGGUUGCCAGGAUUGAGCACGAUCAUUGAUAUGCUUCCUCCUGCUAUCAGGAGCUCACUUGGGCUCUAA